AUGGUGGGGGUACCACACAGUACUGGCUGUGCUCUCUGUCGUGAAAGACACAUUAAGUGCGACGAAGCAGUCCCUGAAUGCACGCAAUGCCAAAGAUAUGGCCGUGCCUGUCCUGGAUAUCGUCGCACCUUCCGAUUCCAAGAUGAAGGACCCAGUCUCGCGCGACGACACCGUUCUGUUCCACGGAAACGAGGACGACGUCUCUCCUCGGGUUCAGCUUCGGUCGCGUCGACUUCAGCGUCUGUUCCUGUACCUGCAGCCGCAGCUACGCGGCAGAUCGAGGCGCUCGGGCCUGUGGAGAACCCCGACAGUGCUGGCGCCGCGAGGGUAGUCCGUCAGAAUGCCAUCGCAUUAAUGCGCCGACAUUCGGCAACCAUGACGCUAGAUGAGAAUGUCUCGCCGUCUUUAGUACGGAAGACUUUCAAAGCGGCGCAGCCACAACUAUUCUUGGAUUUUAUCAGCGCGUCGUUCCCGACACUGUAUUUUCAUAAUCGGUUUCGUGCGGGGAAUGACCCGGGGUUUGCGGAGUAUAUUAUCAUGAAUUUCGGACAGGAUGCGUAUUUGGAUUCGGCGAUUUGCUGCUUGAGCUCGGUUUACCUGGCUCAUUUGACGCAGGACCCGGUACUUCUUCGUACUAGUCGAAGAAUGUAUGGGGUUUCUUUGGGAGAGAUGAUUCGUGCAGUUUCAAAGGGUGACUCGUAUGAUGCAUUGUCAGAUAAUAUGCUCUGCACAGCGAUGAUGCUGAGUGUUUAUGAGAUGUAUGCCCAAACAAGUCCCGAUGCUUGGGUGGUUCACUCGGAUGCAGUGAGAAGACUUAUGAUGAGUCGCGGGACUCAGAAGCACGAAACCGGAUUUGGGAGGUCUUGCUGGAUUGCAUUUCGAGGUUUUCAUGUCGCAACGUCUGUUUACCAGGGAAAGCCAUGUUUUCUCGAUCGGGAAGAGUGGCAGGACUACGCCACUCAGAUCAUGGCUGAAGAUGCUCAGAAACCUGGGGAAUGGGCUGCAUACGCCGUGAUCUCUGACAAAGCAUUUAUGGAAAUAGCCAAAUGUCCACGAUACAUCAGUGAAAGCCGAGAUCUCCUUUCCAGCUCAGCGGAGUCCAUCCAAGCCGAUGCCGAGGCGCUUAUGCAACGUAUCCAGGAUACUUCGCGUCGCUUGUAUGAUCUGUGCUCUGAGCUUCGAUCUUGCAUCAGUGCACACAAUCAGCGGCAGCAGGGUAUUAUUAGACGUCCUGGAACCUUCGUUGGCCCUGUGCCGGAGAUUUUUCCUGAGACUGGACCAUCUUUGCUUUUGCGUGGAGCGGAAAACAUUCAAGGCACUCUCCGCCAGUUGUGUCACCGUCUUGAAGAUCGAUUACGAUGUCAGGUUAUCGAGGAUCAUUCUGAUUCUGGACUGGGCACUUUGAGCGAUGACAGUGUGUAUACGCCUACGCCACCUGUCAGUCCAGGAACCAUGACAUUACCCUUUCGCAUAUAUUCUGAACUUGGUCGAGGCCCUUCGCAAACAUCUGAUCAGAAUGAUCCUCGCGCGGUGAUUUGGUUGGAUCGCGUUGCUUCAUCGAUGGGUGUACUGGGGACAAAACUGAUUCCAGAGAGGGAAACACCUUUUGAGUCUGUGGCAGAGGACAGCAACUAG